AUGAAGAACACGGAGCACAGUAAAAAGUAUUUUGGUAAAGUGAUGUCCGUUUUAGCUCCACCGCGUCCAUCGUCACGCAUUGAAGUAGUGGAAAAUACAAUACACAGCACUGAUUUGGCCAUUCGAUAUAGUACGUCAGUGUACAAUACAAAGCACGGAUAUUUGAAAAAAUCGGCUCUAAUUGUUGCGGAAGUGAGCGGUAACGAUGGAAAUGCUUUCAGCGCACUUGCGGAGCAUCAAAAUAAAACAUUUGUAAGCUUUUUUCAGCUUAAUCCCACCUGUUGUACGUUCACUGAUUAG